AUGAUGGCGACAUCGGAGCCGUUUUCUUUCCUGAUGCUGAUUUUCAGUGGGGGUGGCGAUGUCAAUGGAUUUGGACAGUCAGAGGCCGGUCGCAAAUUGGCCCUGAGGGCUGCUAGAAACUCCAAAAAAUCCAAGAAGAAGGGGAAAACCCGUGAAGUAGACCCCGCAAUCUUGUUCAUGGAAGAUUAUGACCCGGCUCGACCUAAUGAUUACAAUGAAUGGAUGAACUUUAUCAAGCGCCGACGUGAAGAGUGCCGCGAAGCCUUACGACUUGAACGCCAGCGUCAACAGCGCCAAGAGCGGGACGAAAUGUCUGAGAGUUCGUACUACAGCUCUGAUGAUGAUGGCAGCGGUAGUGAUGAUGCCAGAGCGGCUCCUCGAACCAACUUCUUAUUGAACUUAUGA